AUGCGCGCAGACAUACGCAGCUGUGCCACUGGUAUCCUUCGACAAAAGAAGCACCACCAAGUCUUGCCAGUCGAUGAAGAAAAAGGGCUACAGUCGCUUAGGACGGACGACAGCAUUAUGAUUGUGUCUGCUGACAAAUGUGGCGCGACCGUCGUCAUGGAAAAGAGUGAUUACGUCAACAAGGCGAACCAAGUCUUUAACUACAGGGAAGCCUACACACCACACGCGGAGGACCCGACUAAAAAGCAAGCCGCAGCUGUAAAAAAGAAGGUGAAUGAGCUCACUCGCCUGAAACUCAUAACCCCCGAUGACUCCAGAUGUAUGACUCUUAACGACCCCCGAGUAGCCCAUGCAUAUGGCCUCCCAAAGGUGCACAAAGAAGGUGCGCCAUUGAGGACCAUAGUGCUGCUUAUUGGAUCGCCCACCUACAACCUCGCUAAAUGGUUAUACAGGCACCUGAAGCACCUCACCAAUGGAUUACAAUAUAGCAUCAAAAACUCUCAGGCAUUCCUCCAGAAGAUCCAAGGCCUGAAAGUAAGUCCUGAUGAGUGUAUUCUAUCGUUUGAUGUGGUUGCCCUGUUUUCCUUAAUACCACAUGACCUAGCGAUUGAGAGCGUAACCGGACGCCUGCAAGAUAAUCCAACCAACAUUCCGAUAGAACACAUUUCAGAACUUCUUAGACUCUGUCUCAAGAACUACUGCCAAUUCGAUGGGAAGUUUUAUCAACAGGUUAGGGGCACACCAAUGGGCUCGCCACUAUCAGGUCUACUAGCUGGACUAGUACUACAAGAACUAGAAGAGGAAGUUAUGCGAACCUUUAAACCAAAAAUGUUGCUCCGAUACGUAGAUGAUACGUUUGUUAUCAUGAAGACCUGCGAAAUUGAGCAACUACACCUGAGUCUGAAUAGCGUCUUCCCAGCAAUCCAGUUUACUUGUGAAAAGGCAGCAGGAGGCAUUCUCCCGUUUCUAGACGUUAGUAUCCAAACACUAAGUGAUGGAGGCCUUGCAACAAGCGUCUACCGAAAAGACUCCAGUACUGACGUCAUUCUUAAUUAUGAAAGCAACCAUCCAGCGGCUCAUAAAAGGAGCUGUGUCCGAACCCUUUUCCACCGGGCCUAUCGGUACUGCAGCAGCGAUGAUCUACUUAAGAAAGAACUAGCUUUCCUGUAUCGGUUAUUCCGGCUCAACGGACACCCUGUCAGCUUUGUAAAAAAUUGUCUCAGGCAUCAAAGACAACCACAGGGCUUUGAUUCUAAUGAGGGGCCAGAACAUCGGAAAUUCUACUCGCUACCCUACAUGCAGGGUAUUUCAGAAGCGAUCGCCCGACAACUAAACCGGUUUGGCAUCUUCAUUGCCCACAAGCCGGCGUCCUCUGUGCGCGCAACAUUAUCGCGAGUGAAAGACCCUAUACCAAAAGAGCAGCAAACCAAUGUCAUCUACCGCAUUCCGUGCGCCAACUGCUCUUGCGACCAUGUUUGUCAUACAGGCCGACGACUUGGGACGCGUAUAAACGAGCAUAAACUAGCCAUCCGCCGACGUGACCCUUUGUCACUCGUGUUUGCACACGCCCUUGAAUGCGACCAUCGCUUCAACUGGGAAGGAACUGAAGUUGUUGCCAUGGCGAACACCAAACACGCUCGUGAAUUCCUCGAAGCCUGGCACUCUAACACGACAAGCAUCAAUCGCCAUGUCGAUCUAGAUGCUCAUUACGAAGGUCUGCGUGCCCGGCUCACUGACUUGCGCCCACGACCUAACAACAGCCGCUAA